AAAACCAGAGAAGACUAAAGAAAAAGUGGAGCAGGUGGAGAAGGGGGAGGAGGAGAAGGUGGAAGAAGACGAAGAACCAGAAGAAGAAGAGGGAUAAGGAUAAAGAGAAGGAUACACAAGCAAGAACACACAAGCAAACCAUCCACUCUAAACCCUCAACGAUCCAGCCAUCCAAACAACGCCUGGAAAUGAUCUGGCGAAGAGCAGCACGACCGGAUCAAACCACCACUGAUACAUUCCUGCCCCGCGAAUGUGAGAGUUUGGCAUCGUGGAGGGUAAGAUGCAGCAUUACUCGGUCCUGUCUCAGUUCCGGGAGUUGAAGAGAGCACCCCCCGUGACAGAAGGCGAGGCAAAAGGGCAGGAGGAAAGCAGCGGUGAGGAGCAGCUCUGAGGGACAUUGUUGCAAGAGACAUGAUGAAGAUAGGAGUGACUAGACAGAUGUUCCUUACGUGGUGGCGAUGGUGGUGGUACAGGUUGGUGGUGGCGGUGGCAGUGGGGGGCAGCGCGCCGUGGGCCAGGGCUGGGGGCGUGAUGGGCGGGGGCCUGCAUGCAGUGGUGGGGCCUAGUCUAAUGACGCGCUUGGUGGAGACGGAGGCGGUGGCAAGGGUGGCAGCGGCUGCAAACAGGGAGUGCUGCGGCCUGUCAGAUCCUACCACCACGCCCCUCACACGCCACUGGCUUCCCCAUGCUCGCCACAACGGCCACGGCCCAGAUCCCGCUCCAGGUGACUCCCGCCCGGCUGUGUGCAACGAUAAUUCUCCUGCUGGCUUCUACUUAAGACGGUCAACCAACAGUCGCCGCUGGGUCAUGUUCCUGGAAGGUGGAUGGUACUGCUUCGACAGGGAGAGUUGCGAGCAGCGGUGGCACAGACUACGGCCACUCAUGACCUCCCGCGGGUGGCAGGAGACGAGGACCGUGGGAGGCGUGUUGUCCCCCCACCCUGAGGACAACCCGCACUGGUGGACCGCCAACCAUGUACUGGUGCCAUACUGCUCCUCUGACUCCUGGGCGGGCACGAGGUGGGCGGAGGAGGGUUCUGGGUCGUGGUCCUUCCUCGGUAGCGUCAUCGUGGAGCAGGUGGUGAGGGCGCUGGUCACUCACAACAACUUCACGCACGGCCACAAGCUGAUUCUGGCCGGCAGCAGUGCAGGCGGCGUGGGCGUGCUGGUCAACGUGGACCGGGUGGCGCGGCAGCUGGCUCAGAUGGGCGUGCGUGGGGAGGUGCGCGCUGUGUCCGACUCCGGCUGGUUCCUGGACAACGAGCCGUUCAAGCCCCUGCAGUGUGUGGACGCCCACAGCUGCCCGCCCGUAGAGGCCAUUAGGCGCGGGCACGAGCUGUGGCGUGGGCGCAUCCCGGACCACUGCCGCGCCCUCUACCCGACACAUCCGUGGUUCUGUUACUUCGGGUACCGCCUCUACCCGACCUUGCAGUCGCCCCUCUUCGUGUUCCAGUGGGUGUUUGACGAAGCACAGAUGACCGUGGACAACGUGGGCAAGCCGACCUCCAAGCAGCAAUGGGACUACAUCCAUGGCACCGGGGAGAGGCUCAGGCGCACCUUCCAGAACGUGACAGCUCUCUUCGCGCCCUCUUGCAUCGCCCACACUGUGCUCACCAAGAGAAACUGGGCGGCUGUCAAGAUAGGUGACGUGUCCCUCCCUCACGCCCUAUACUGCUGGGACAUCACGCCCUUUGCCAAGCUCACCGCAAGGAGGCAACACGCUGGGGAGGAAAGAGAAGCAGUUAGGACGAUGGAGAACCAGGAGUCGAAGGAGGAUGAGAGACAGACCAUCACUGCGCGGACUAGAGAUGCUGGAAGACGAGGCCACAGACACCAGAACCGCGGUGACAGGAAGGACAAAAGACAAAGACACACAGGCGGCCGUAGGAGGUCAGGGGAGAGGAGCAGGCGGCGGCGUGGCAGAAAGCGGAACAGAAAGGGCCGCAGGAAAUCUCAAACCCGAAGGACACAAACCCAGCAUAAACAGAGACACGAUGACGAUGGACCUGAAGUAAAUGUCAGUGUUAUAGUGUCUCAGGAAACAGGGGAAGAGAAAGAGGAUGAGGGUGGAGACUCAGGGAAGGUGCAAGGGGUGACUCAGGAAGGCGCGGACCUCAGCACUAUAGGCGGGGAGAUGCUCGCUGACUCGCCAAAGAAUCCCUCCCCUGAAUCCUUUGUGGUGGAGUCUAACGCUAUUGGUGACUCGCAGAACUCUUCCGUAACUAGAAAUGGUGGCCGCAGUGGGGAGAGGAGAGAGAAAGCCAGGAGGAGACGCCGGCGAGGCAAGAAAAGGAGUAAAAACAAGGAGAGGGAGAGGAAGCUAAGGAGGAGGGAGAGAAGGAGGAAGAGGAAGGAGAGGAGAAAAAGACUGCCACAGAAGAAGAGGAAGAAGAGGAAGGAAAGGCGAAAAGGGGGCCGUGGAAGACACCGUGACAACCUGAGGCCAGUUCGCUCCAUGCCCCUGCGAAGCCCAGAGCCCUCCCACAGCCCCGCCAACACCCGCAGCCCCAACACAGGUCCGACGUCUACCCUCGGAGCUGGAGAGGUUGGGGGCCAUGCGGGGCAGAGGGAAGAGCUAGUACCUGACGAAGCGUGGACGGAGGAUCUCUGCCCCGCCCAGAAUCUUCACCUAACUGAUCGUUGUGCUUGGCCUCAUUGUAACUACGCGUGUCCCAAGUUACUCAAUCCUUUUACUGGUGAGGAGAUGAACUUCACGGAGCUACUGAAAAGCUUCGGGCUGGACAUGGCUAGUGUGGCCUCUGCGCUCGGCAUAGACAUCCACACUCUGAACUCUAUGGGCAACGAUGAGCUGCUCCUUAUCCUGACGCAGUGAACACAGGAACAUGCGAUCCGCACUAUCUGGACUGGAGUCUAAUGCAGUAACGAGUGGUGAUUGACAGUGACUAAGUGAAAGACUGCAUUUGAGAGAUGAAAUGUGUGUUUAAAGGAGCGAAUUACUAUACUGAAGCGUGUUCCAUUCUAUAUUUAUAGUUUAAAAGGAUCAAAAGUAGCUAAAAGUGUUUAAUACGUAUUCCAGUGUUUUAGUGUUUUCUAAAGAGAUGAACAACUUCAGUAGGGGAUGAAGAGGACCAACAAAGGCCAAGAGUGUCAAGAUGAAGUUUUGCAGUGUGGCUCAAAAGAAUCAAAGAUACCUAAGAGUGUUGAGUGUUGAUAAGGUGACGAAGCGCUUGUCGAUUGGUGCAAUGAGGACAAGGAAGACUCGCGAGUGACUACAAGUGUUCUAAGGCGAUUUAGUGUUUAUUGAGUGUUGCAGUGAAAACAGUGACUGAAUGUGGUUUUAGAGAGAACUAAUGUGACUCACGAGUGAUCUAUGUGUCACUCUCCGUACACACACACACACACACACACACACACACACACACACACACACACACAUACACACACACACACACACACACAAACAAACAAACAGUUAAGGGAUACAUAUACUACUCUAUAAGAUAAUAAUUAAAUCUACUUACGAGUAUAAUGUGAAGGAAAGAACAUCACUCUUCCAUAAUCUAUAAUAAAAUAUACAAGAUUUUUUUUUUUUUGUGUAUGUACGUGUAUAUAAAUAAUGUGAUUUUUCUUAUAUCUACCGCUACGAUUACUACUACUGCUGCUGCUUCUACAACAACU